AUGUAUCUGAGAGGAGCUGUCGCGGCCACCUUGGCCACCACCGUCUUGGCCCAGACCCAGCAGGGCUUCAACUACGGAGCCACCAAUGAAGACGGCUCUUGCAGAGGCUACGAUGACUUCGUGAGCUACUUCAACACCGCAAAGAGCUUGGCUGGAACAUCGGGCUUCGCAUCUGCCCGCCUCUACACAUCGAUCCAGUGCGGCACGGUAAACGACCCGAUCUCGGCUUACCAGGCCGCGAUCGACACCGAUACUCAGAUCCUGGUGGGCCUGUGGGCCAGUGCCGGCCGCGGAAUCUACGAGAACGAACUCAACUCUCUGCUGCGCGCCGCCGAGCAGUAUGGCACCGCCUUCACCGACCGUGUCGUCGGCAUCAGCGUCGGUUCUGAGGAUCUCUACCGCAGCAGCCCCGAUGGCGUUGCCGCCAACGCCGGCGUCGGAGCCACCGGCGCCGAGAUCGAGGGAUACAUCGGCUGGUUGAGAGACUGGAUCCGCGGCACCGCGCUCGAGGGCAAGCCCAUCGGCCACGUCGACACCUGGACCGCGUGGGUGAGAGGCGAGAACGCCGGUGUCGCCGCCUCUGUUGACUGGCUCGGCCACAACUCAUUCCCCUACUUCGAGUCGACCAAGCCCAACGCCAUCGAGCAGGCCGCCGACAACUUCUGGACCGCCGUGGGUAACACCGAGAGUGUUGCAGGAGGAAAGCCUGUGUACAUCACCGAGACUGGCUGGCCGCACAUCGGUCCUCAAUCGGGUGCUGCUGUCGCCUCCGUCGACAAUGCUCGCACCUACUGGUCUCAGGUCGGCUGCGCUUUGUUUGGUCAGCGCAACGUUUGGUGGUACACCCUUCUUGAUGCGAACACUGCGCAGACCGACAUCUCCUUCGGCGUGACGCCGGCAGGCAGCUCGACUCCCGUUUUUGAUCUUAGCUCCUGGGCGCUGAACCAGACAGUUUCUACCCAGAAAAUCUUGGGCCGCCUCGGUCUCGCUUCACUGCUUGCUCACAAUGUCGCGGGCUCUUGGACGGAGCUUGCGGCGCAACUUUCGCCCCAAGCAUCUAUCUUGCUGCCCGAUGAGCCAUCAUUCGAAUCGUCUAUAAGCAGGUGGAGAGAGUGGCAUGCGCCUAGCGUGGGUGCUGUCGUGAAUGUCUUUACGGAGAGUGACAUCCAAGCCACGAUUCGGUACGCUAAUGAGCAUGGAAUACCCUUCCUCGCCAGGUCUGGCGGGCAUGGCGCGACCGAAGCAUUGCAGGAUGCUAGAGACGCGAUUAUGAUUGACGUGCGGGGUUGGAAUCAAGUUGAGAUAGCAGAAGAUGGAAAGACGGCAACUCUUGGCGGCGGCGCGAGCGUGAAAACGGUUGUCAAUGCCCUCUGGGCGGCAGGCAAGCAGACAAAUCAAGUCAUCUCAGCCCGGAUUGUCCUUCCCAGCGGCAAAGCGGUGACGGCAUCAGAGGAGACCAACCCCGAUCUCUUCUGGGCCUUGCAGGGAGCUGGACACAACUUCGGCAUUGUGACCGAGUGGGAGUACCGCGUCUACGAUAUCAAGAAUAAUGCUUGGGGCUACAGCAUUUUCAUCUUCCUCGCUGAGCAUCUAGAAGAGGUAAUGGAAGUGACCAACAAGAUGAUGGAGACGCAGCCACCUGAGAUUGCUCACUGGAUUUACUUCAUUAACCUUCCCGACAUUGAUCCGGAGAGACCAAUCAUCUGGUACGCCAUCAUUAACGAUGGAAGUGAAAAUGAUACCGUAGAGUAUGCCAAGCCUCUUUUCGGUAUUGAGCAUGUCAGUGUCGAAAGUGGCUCUACCCCAAUGCCCGACUUGGCCGUGAAGGUGUUUACUAGUGAGGACAGCCUCGGUUGUGCCAAAGGCAACACUGGCCUCAGGUAUCCUAUCGGGCUAAAGAGAUACGAUCUUCCCGCCAUUCGAAAAGUGUUUUACGACAUGACCGAGAUGUCUGUUACCGUUCCCGAGCUUGCGGGCUCGUUCUUCAUGUUGGAGGGCUAUUCGACGCAGGGGGUCAAGGCUAUCGAUGAAAAGAGCUCUGCGUUCCCGCACCGCGAUGAUGAUCUCUUGGUCACCCCUUACGUCGUGUACAAGCCGAACGCAUCUCUGGAUGCUCUAGCUCAAGACUAUGGAGAGAGGUUGCGGGGUCAUCUACUGAAAGCGAGCGACGAUCCGGAGCGGCUGCGGGCGUAUGUCAAUUAUGCGCAUGGGGACGAGUCUUUGGAGUCUGUGUAUGGGUGGGAAGAAUGGAGGUUGGAGAAGUUGAGGGCCUUGAAGAAGAAGUGGGAUCCAGAGAACCGGAUGAGGUUCUACAAUCCCAUUGUGUGA